AUGGAAAUUAUUCAUCAACAUAUGUGUGAUGUUAGAACCAAAACGUUAGCAACGUUAAUUUCUAGAUCGUGUAGUCAAGUAAAACUCGCCAAAAAUAAAACCAUAACUUUUUAUUGUUAUGUUGAAAGCUUAUGGCUUCCAUUUCCCCAAACAUGCUUAACGACAACUUUUAUGACAAUUGUCAUACAAUAUUCAGUGAAAGAAUUAAACUAA